AACAAUGUUACUGUGCACUUGUAUCUCUCUCCAUUUCAUUUCGACAUUUCCCCUCUUUCGAUCCUUUCUUCUUCUCGAUCGAAAUUAGGGUUUACGCACCACCACCACCUCCAUCUCCAUCACCUUCUUCAUCCAGAUUCGCUCGAUUUCCAGAUCCACGAAGCUUCUGCUACUGCUGCUUCUGCUUCUUCCACCUUCCCCUUUCUUUGGUUUAAAAGGGGAACAAUGAAGGGUGUGGCCCGUCUCUUACAAGACUGUGCAGUGCAUUCAAUUAUUUACAUUGCUUCCUGAAGCUUAGCUUAUUGGAGCUUAGAAUCAUACCUCUGUUGUCUGGUGAUGAAUUCUUUGAUGACGUAGUGGACUUAAUCGGAAUAGCUGGGCAAUUGUUUGAGUCAAUGAUAACUAAACGGAGAAUGUCUCUAAAGAUUUAAUGUCUUCUAAUACUGAAGUGAUGUUGGAGGGUUCUAUUAAUGAAGAUGGAAGGGAUUUGUAUGACGGUGCAACAGAAGAUAUGGAAUAUUCAUGUGAUGAUAACAAUGUAGAGCAAUCUGAAAGUGAAUCUUAUGAUGAGGAGGGAGAUGAUGAAGAUCCAGGGACUGAUGAUGCAUCGGUUUCAGAUGAGUCCAUUCGUGAUAUGGAUUAUGAACAAAAUGAUACUGAUUGUUACGAUGAUUUGGAGGAACCAUAUGGGGAUUACCAAGAUGAAGAUAUGUCCAACAAUGUUGAAGAUCGUGUUGCGAUUAAUUCACUGAAUGACAUACUUGCUAUGGACCUGAAGAAUUUAGUACCCGUUGAUAUGAUUAACUAUGAUUUUCUUGAUAGUGAUGUUGCAUAUCUAUUCUACCACUGGUACGGGAGAGCAAAUGGCUUUGCUGUCAGAAAAAGUAGAAAGGUACACAGUAGUAUAGAUGGCAUUCUUUUGCAACAGAAUUAUGUGUGUCACAGGGAAGGAAAGCGUGAGGACAGGGGUGUUACAAUGGAAAACCGUAAGCAGAAACAAAGAGUGGAUUUUAGGUGCGGGUGCAAUGCUAAAUUUAGAGUCCAUAUUGAUGCUGAGACGCAACGCUGGUAUGUGAAGCUGUUUAACGAUGAACACACUCAUGAACUUGUUGAAGAUGAAACAUGUGGGAUGAUUGCGGCUUAUAGGAAAAUGACUGAUACUGAUAUAUUGCACAUGAACAACAUGUUAAAAGUUGGUAUAAGGACCCCCCAAAUCCAUAGCUCACUCGCUAGUCAGACGGGUGGCUACAUGAAGGUCAGCUGUUCCAAGAAAGGAAUGUAUAAUGUACAAGCACGCGAAAGACGGGUGCAUGCUACUGAUGCUGGAGGUGCAUGCAAGAGGACAUCGUGGUUAGCAAGCAAGAUUUAUUGCGUCACGUAUGUCAGAAUCUAGGAUUGCAAGCACCAUCGUGGUCGCGGUAUGACUCGAAAGAAAGAAAUGGGGUUUCGUUUUACAAGUACACCGUAUCUGUGGCAUGUGGUUAUCCCGGGAAACCAAUAGUCAUGUUCAGCAAGUAUUGCGCCUCACAUGAGGAUGCUUGUGAGUCUGUUUCAUUUAAGAUGUUGCAGUUCGUGCUUCGUAUGCAUGGAAAGAAGGUGAAAGACUACAAUUACCAUUUCUUGAAGGACAUGGAUGCAUUGUUGAAACAUAAGGAUGACCAAAUCGCAUGCAUGCUUAAUGAGAUUGAAGUUCUGGCUGAAGAGAAUAAAACUCUCAAAACAUGUCUUGGAUUAGGGAGAUAGUGUGGUAUGUUGUGUAGCCAUGUUUGUGCUUUGGAUGAUCUAAAUAUUUUGUUUUAUCCUGCCGGUCUUACUUUAGUUGUGAUGUUGUUUUACCAUCCCAUACGUGUAUGGCUUCAUGCAUGCAGUUAUGUUGCAUCAUUUUGGCUUUUGUUAUGAUCUAUGAAUGAUAUGCAAAUUGGAUCUAACUUCUUAUUCUUUA